UGUUUUGUACAGAUAUAUUUUAGUAUAAUUCACGUUUUGAAAAUUACUUCCCUUUUGUCUGACUUGAAUUUACAUCAAGGAAGCUUUUUCUCCCAGCGCAGGUCGAAUAGACCCUAUUAAUAGACCACAUAAGUCGAGUGUGCAAUAUCGAUAGCUGCCGUUGAGUUAGGCGGGGACUGUUUUCAAAGUAGAAGCUGCGAUAGACCAAUGAAGAUGGCGACAACAGGGUCCGCGAAAUGCACUGGUAGUAUUGGAAAAGAUAGCCACACCAGAUCUGCUGACGUGAGAAAAAGUCAUACACCUUCACAGCUUCUGACGCUCGAGGAGGCAAGAUGUCCUAUCUGUUCAGAGAUUUUGUUUGAGCCAGUUACUAUGCCAUGUAGUCAUUCUGUGUGCCUACACUGUUUCAAGCGGACGGUGGAAUUGACCAGUUUGUGCUGUCCCCUCUGCCGACUGCGAGUAUCCAGCUGGGCCCGUAAACAGUCCCGCGAGAAAAACCUGGUAAACACCGAACUCUGGGAUAUAGUCAGAAGGAGUUAUCCAGAGCGAUGCAAAAGCAGAAUGGAACAGAGAGCGUGUGAGACUCACAGAGAAGAAAUGUUCUGCCCUCCUGGUCAGAUACCAAGGUCUGGAGAUUUCCGUCCAGAGCAUGAUAAGCAGAAGGUAACAAUGAACGAAGAUAAAAAAGACAUGGGGAGGAAAAUCCUAUCCAGAAGAGAAGAGUGUGGGACAAUCAAACAAUUAGAAGACCCUUUGAGUGGGGUGUUGUCCGACUCAGAGAAUGAGGAGCCAAUCGGGAAGAGAACCCGGAAUGUGUCUGCUUUUGUUAAAAGAACAAAACUCUCCCCAGCCUGUGCAAAAGAUUGGUUACCAAAACAUUUUGUGCAGAGGAGUCAGAGUUGUACAGCUUCAGUGGAAGGGAGAGGAAAGGUCAAGACCGUUAAUCAUUCCUUACUGGAUAAGGUCAGUAUUGCUCACAGCUACAACGCAGGUAUCCUGCUGUCUUCAGAAAACAGCCGCUCAUUCUCGGCACCCAUAAUUGUACCGGAGAAGAGGUAUAGUUGGCGAAGUGUUACGGCAACAUCAGCUCUUCUAAUAGGCCCCCAGUCCAAACAGGAGAGGUCUAUCAGCCCUGAGAGCAAUGACAGCAUCUCCGAAGAGCUCAAUCACUUCAAGCCAAUUGUCUGCUCUCCCUGCACGCCACCCAAACGUCUGCCAGAUGGACGAGUGAUUGAGCCCACAAUAGUGAAGUCCACACCCAGGAACUUGACCCAUAGUUUUCAAAGGCUCACCAGCUAUGAAGCCAGCACUUUCAUCCUCCAGAAGUGGAAACAGAUUGAAGUGGACCGUCAGUGUAUUGAAAUGACCUCCAAGGGUACUCUGACCAGCCCCUUUAAUGAAGAAAUCAUAAUUAAACAAAGUCCCACAGAUGAACGAGAAAUAAAGCCAUUUACCUGUGCUUCCACUAAAGUUAAAGAGGACUUAGGUGUGUGCAGAAUAAGGACCAACACUUGUAAUGAAGAGAACGAAAAAGUGUGUUUGUUAAAUAAAAGGAGAUUGAUAUUUGAUCAGCCAGUUGGAGAUACAACCCUCAAUCAAAGACAAGCCAUAAGGUUUAAUUUACCAUCACUUCUACAUACUGGUGAAGGACCUGCAAGAGAAUGCGGGUUUAGUCGUAAAAAGUUAGCACCCGAAUCAUCUUGUGGGCCCUCUCCAGUCCGUAAAAAGCACCCUUUUGCCCCACUGGACAGGGUAACUGGGGAUCCACAUUGCAAGCUAAAAUUAAAUACAUCAGUGGAUCAGAGAAAAGAGAUUGAAAAAAUGAACUGUGCCCAAAACCAAACUACCUCAAGAAGGAGUAGGAAGAGGAGCCAAAAGACUAAACACUUGGAAGAGACUGAGUUGCAAAUCAAGAGAUUCAAAACUCAGUGCCGAGAUAGUCUCGAAAUGGAGAAAGGGCAAAGUGAUUUUAGUUUUCAACGGGUAAAGCAAGAGGCUGAGGACAGGCGGCUGGCACUGAAACUUCAAAAACAAUUUGACAGAGACCAGCAGAGACUCAACAAGAACAAAAAAAGUCCUGACAAAUACUUCCUUCGGUCUUGGUUCCGCCAAGACAAAAUCAAGUAUAAUCCACGCAGAUCGAGGAGAAUCAUAAAAAAAAUGAGCUCUUAACAUCCAAUCAUUAAUUACAUUUGUGCUUUUUGGAAUACAUUAGAGAACUAGAUUAUUGUUGCAAUUCAUACAACUGUAUGUCAAUUGUGUACACCUGUACACUGAACUGUUAUUUCCAGGAAGUUACAAUUUGUGGAUUUUCUCUAUUGAUUCCCCUAAAAUCCCCCCUAUUUUUGCAAUUCCAUACAAAAAAUGAUGUGCUAUGGGAUAAUCUAGUAUCCUUCUAGAUUACUAUACUAGAAUUAUAGUAGUUGUACUUUAAAGCUGACAGACUACAUUGAAUAACAUUUGUAAACACACCUAUUUAGCCUUUACAACCUCAGCGGUGAUGAUAAAAUGUCUCAGAAUCUCAGAGACCCAAAAUAUUUACUCUGUAAAGCUAUGUUCAAAUGAAUAAAGGGGGAUUUUCUUGAUUUUAACACAUAUAAGAACAGAAACGUAAUCACCUAGUCAAUCUUGAUUGGUUUUGGUAAUAAUGUAAUGAGUUAAAUCAUUACAUUACAUUUAUGCAUUUAGCAGAUGCUUUUAUCCAAAGCGACUUCCACGAGAGAGCUUUACAAUAGUGCAUAGGUCACUGAUCAUAACAACAUAUAAAUCAUGGGUAUGAACAGAAUAAAUGCAACUUAUGCAAUGUUAAUUGAAACAUUACACAUAAUAUUUAGUCAAGGAAAAUGUUCCAGUUUUAAAUUAUGUUCAGUUAUUUUUCUGUUAAAAAUUAUUAUCUGCUGCUGGUGA